AUGCGCAAGGCGUCUGCCCGCAGCAGCUCUCGCGCCGUGAAGGAGCGGCAACUCGCGCUGAUUGACGAGCCAAGCCACGAUAUCCAGCCUGUUGACGCACAUGAGCUGCAAGUGGACGACGACUGGGAGGACCGUCUUGAUUUGCAGGUCAAGAUCAUGAACGUCGUUGGUACGGUGGAUUUGAAGACACCGCUCGACCUCAAGGUGAUUGCGCUGCAUGCGCGCAACGCCGAGUACAACCCCAAGCGUUUUUCGGCGGUGAUCAUGCGAUUGCGCGACCCAAAGACGACAGCGCUGAUAUUUGGAUCUGGAAAAGUUGUUAUUACUGGUGGAACGAGUGAAGGGAGUUGCCGACUAGCUGCUCGCAAGUUUACGCGCGUAAUACAGAAACUGAACUUUCCGGCGAAGUUUACUGAAUUUAAAGUCCGAAAUGUAAUGGGUACGUGCGAUGUCCGCUUUCCGAUUCGGCUGGAAGGACUGCUGAACGACCAUGCGCGCUUCUCAAGUUAUGAGCCGGAGUUAUUUCCUGGACUCAUCUACAAACUGGUAGAGCCCAAGCUGACGCUGCUCAUCUUUGUGUCUGGCAAGAUUGUGCUAUGCGGCGCACGCGACUCGAACCACCUUCACCAAGCCAUCGACAAGAUGUACCCCGUGCUGCUGCAGUACCGCAAGAUGACUGCACCGCCGUCGUUGGUGACAGGGAAACCAGGUUACGAGGACAGCGAGGAUCUUGAUCGUUUAGAAGCAGGGCAGGCCAACGUGUGA